AUCUUGAGGAGGAAACAUGCCGCCUAAGCAGGACAAGAAAAAGGAUACUGGCAAGUCCAAGAAGGACAAGGACCCAGUCAACAAGUCUGGGGGCAAAGCCAAGAAGAAGAAGUGGUCCAAGGGAAAAGUGAGGGAUAAGCUCAACAACCUGGUGCUCUUCGACAAGGCAACCUAUGACAAGUUGUACAAAGAAGUUCCCAACUAUAAACUCAUCAAACCAGCUGAUGUGUCUGAAAGGUUCGUGGCCCCUGCCCAGGAACUGCUUGCCAAAGGCAUGAUCAAACUGGUAUCCAAACACAGAGCACAGCUAAAUCAUAUUCACAACACCAAGGGCGGAUAUGAGGAGGCAGCGGCAGUGAAAGCAUAA